AUGAGUGUGAAUACCAAUCCAAUAACUCCAACGUUUGAAAAUUCUUUUCGAAUGGCUACCAAUGCCCAUAUUAGUCGCAACGAUCGAUCCCCAUAUUGUUCGCAGCAGGAAUCCUCAGACCAUGAUGAUAAUAAUGCCAGUAAGCAGGCUAAUCUCAAUAUAGGGAUUUAUGGUCAUAGUAGCAACAACAGUAGUCCUUCACUUUCUCAAUAUCACCAUUUGCAAAGUAAUAAGUUGGAAAAUGGUGAUGACGAGCCAAUAUCAGCAGCCGCAGUAACACCAACAGCGCAAAAUGGCAGUAACAUCGUCAAAAAGAAUAGUAAAAAAUUACCUAAAUUAACCGGCCUUUUCAGCAACAAUUCUCACAGUAAAGAUGACUUAGAGACUUUGAAUGAACAAGAUCGAGAUCAGUUCAAUAUUGUAGUAGAUGGCAAUGAUAUCAAGCGUACACAGUCUGCUGGACAAAGUUCAUUGGAAGAAAAGGUUAAAAGCAGUAAAUUCAAACGAAGCAAGAAUCGCAGUGGUAGUAGUAAGAACCACGAGUCACUUUGUUAUUUUACACAAAUCUAUAUUAUAAAGGGCAAUUUCUAUUUACCAUGA